GGUGACAAAGGCUCUGCUGGAGCCCCCGGGUCCCCGGGUGUCAAGGGGGAGCCUGGAGCCCCUGGUCCAGAUGGGCCCCCAGGGAAGCCGGGCAUCGACGGUCUGACAGGAGCGAAAGGGGAGCCAGGGCCUGUCGGUGGGCCAGGACUCAAAGGCCAGCCCGGACUCCCAGGGCCACCGGGGCUCCCCGGCCCUUCGCUGCCAGGACCACCUGGGCUUCCAGGCCAAGUUGGGCUUCCUGGAGAGAUCGGGACGCUGGGACCUAAGGGUGACCCUGGACCUGAUGGCCCGCAGGGUCCUCCAGGCCCUCCAGGAAAACCGGGCCCCCCAGGACACAUCCAAGGACUGGAAGGCAGCGCUGAUUUCUUGUGCCCGACCAGCUGCCCACCAGGUCCCAAGGGCCCCCAGGGACUGCAGGGACUGAAGGGACACAGAGGCCGCCCCGGUGCCCUCGGGGAGCCUGGCAAGCAGGGCAGGCAGGGCCCCAAGGGUGACGUUGGCCUCUCUGGAGAACAAGGUGUCCCAGGCCCCCCGGGUCCGCAGGGCUUGAGGGGUUACCCCGGGAUGGCAGGACCCAAGGGUGAGACAGGUCCUGCUGGUUACAAGGGGAUGGUUGGGACCAUUGGAGCGGCUGGACGGCCAGUGAGUGCCCACCCUCAUCCCUGGGGGCUGCGGGGCAGGGGGGGGGCCCUGCACUUCACUGGUGGCCGUGGCAUCAGGGGACCCCAAGGAGACAUCGGCCCCAAGGGGGAGAAUGGUCUCCCAGGCAUUGAUGGCAAAGAUGGGACCCCAGGAAUCCCAGGUGUGAAGGGCAGCGUGGGACAGGCUGGCCACCCAGGGCAACCAGGACACCGGGGACAAGCUGGCUUGCCAGGCCAGCCAGGAAGCAAAGGUGGCCCAGGAGAUAAGGGUGAAGUGGGUGCUCGGGGACAGCCCGGUGUCACCGGUGCCCCGGGGCAGAUUGGUGAACCUGGACCUCGGGGUGAGCAGGGACCACAGGGUGUCCAGGGCUUGAAGGGUGACCGGGGUGAGCGUGGCCUCGUGGGUCCUCCUGGCGAGCAGGGAAAACCC